UGUACCAAGCCGAGGUGGGAGAGGCAAAACCCUAGCGCGGGUGGAGGCGAUGGCCGGGAAGGCGGCGACGGCGACGGCGGCGGAGGCGGCGGCGAGGGUUUACCCGUGGAGGGAGAAGCUUGCAAAGUACAAGGGGGAGCUGACGAAGGGGGUGUGGGGGUACUGGGAGCUCGGGGCAUGGAAGCCGCUCGGCCUCAGCGCCCGGAAGCGGGCGCGCCUCAGGAAGGAGGUCCUCCUCGCCGGCGAGGACUGGACCUACGACCCUCCCCGCGGCGAGAUGCGCACCAAGCGGAAGGGCCACAAGUGCGACCGCAUCUCCGCCGAGAAGCGUGCGAACACGGUUGAGCUGAUGAAGAAGAUGCCCCAGAUGCUCCUUGACUACAAGAAACGUAGAUGGGAGAAAAAGAUGAAAGAGGAGGAGAGUGGAAAGAGCUGAGCUCAAGCUACUCGAUAAGAAUGCUGCUCUGCCUAAAUAAGUUUGAAUCUGAUAUAGUGGCUUCAAAUGAUGGCUGGAGGUGAUCUGUUUCUUUCCCUUGUUGGCCACCAGCUUUCCUGCUGCCUAAGGCACUUUGUAGUGCUGAUAUUUGAUUGCUUCUAUAGUUCCCAACACUUGGGUCAAUGAAUCAUGAUCUUACCCAGGCUCAACUUCAAUUGAACUGACUUCUUUCUUGUUAUGGAUCAACUAUGAUAGCACUUCUGUUGAAUUUGUUCAUCAUGUAUCAUAUUCACACCAUUUGGUGACUGUUUCGUUAGGGAAGAUGAUGUUUCCUGCUGUGAUGAUCUCAGCCGAUA